AUGGGAUUUAUACAGCUCAAUGAGGACUUCAUAUUUAUUGAACCACUCAAUGAUACAAUGGCCAUAACGGGUCACCCGCACCGUGUAUAUAGGCAGAAAAGGUCUGUGGAGGAGAAAGUCACAGAGAAGUCAACUCCUCACAGUCAUUACUGUGGUAUCAUUUCAGAUAAAGGAAGACCUAGAUCUAAAAAAAUAACAGAGAGUGGAAGAGGGAAACGAUAUUCAUACAAAUUACCUCAAGAAUACAACAUAGAGACUGUAGUGGUUGCAGACCCAGCAAUGGUUUCCUAUCAUGGAGCAGAUGCAGCCAGGAGAUUCAUUCUAACCAUCUUAAAUAUGGUUUUUAACCUUUUCCAACACAAGAGUCUUGGUGUGCAGGUCAAUCUUCGUGUGAUAAAGCUUAUUCUGCUCCAUGAAACUCCAGCAGAUCUAUAUAUUGGGCACCACGGAGAGAAAAUGCUAGAGAGUUUUUGUAAGUGGCAACAUGAAGAAUUUGGCAAAAAGAAUGAUAUACAUUUAGAGAUGUCAACAAGCUGGGGAGAGGACAUGACUUCGGUGGAUGCAGCUAUACUUAUAACAAGGAAAGAUUUCUGUGUACACAAAGAUGAACCAUGUGAUACUGUUGGUAUAGCAUACUUGAGUGGUAUGUGUAGUGAAAAGAGAAAAUGUAUUAUUGCUGAAGACAAUGGCCUGAAUCUUGCAUUUACAAUUGCUCAUGAAAUGGGUCACAACAUGGGCAUUAAUCAUGACAAUGACCACCCGUCAUGUGCUGACGGUCUUCAUAUCAUGUCUGGUGAAUGGAUUAAAGGACAAAACCUUGGUGAUGUUUCGUGGUCCCGAUGUAGCAAGGAAGACUUGGAAAGAUUCCUAAGGUCAAAGGCCAGUAACUGCUUGCUACAGACAAAUCCCCAGAGUGUCAAUUCCGUGAUGGUCCCCUCCAAGUUGCCAGGGAUGACAUACACCGCUGAUGAGCAAUGUCAGAUUCUCUUUGGGCCACUGGCUUCCUUUUGUCAAGAGAUGCAGCAUGUUAUCUGCACAGGGUUGUGGUGCAAGGUAGAAGGUGAGAAAGAAUGCAGAACCAAACUGGAUCCCCCAAUGGACGGAACUGACUGUGACACUGGUAAGUGGUGUAAGGCUGGAGAAUGUACCAGCAGGACCUCAGCACCUGGACAUGCGGCCGGAGAGUGGAGCGUGUGGAGCCCCUGCAGCCGAACCUGCAGUGCUGGGAUCAGCAGUCGGGAGCGCACAUGUCCUGGGCUAGGUUCUGAAGCAAGGGAUUGUAAUGGUCCCCGAAAACAAUACAGAGUAUGUGAGAAUCCACCUUGUCCUGCAGGUUUGCCUGGAUUCAGAGACUGGCAAUGUCAGGCCUAUAGUGUUAGAACUUCGUACUCAAAGCAUGUACUUCAGUGGCAAGCUGUCAUGGAUGAAGGAAAACCAUGUGCCUUAUUUUGCUCUCCCGUUGGAAAAGACCAGCCUAUUCUUCUGUCAGAAAAAGUGAUUGAUGGAACUACUUGUGGAUAUCAGGGAUUAGAUAUCUGUGCAAAUGGCAGGUGUCAGAAAGUUGGCUGUGAUGGUUUCUUGGGGUCUCUUGCAAGGGAAGAUCAUUGUGGUGUAUGCAACGGCAAUGGGAAGUCCUGCAAAAUCAUUAAGGGAGAUUUUAAUCACACCAGAGGAGCAGGUUAUGUGGAAGUGCUGGUGAUACCUCCUGGAGCAAGAAGAAUCAAAGUCGUGGAGGAAAAGCCGGCACACAGCUAUUUAGCUCUCCGAGACACUGGGAAACAGUCUAUCAAUAGUGACUGGAAGAUUGAACACUCUGGAGCCUUCACUCUAGCGGGAACUACUGUCCAUUACAUAAGACGAGGCCUCUGGGAGAAGAUCUCUGCUAAAGGUCCUACUACGUCACCUUUACACCUCCUGGUGCUGCUGUUUCAAGACCAGAAUUAUGGUCUUCACUAUGAAUACACUGUCCCAUCAGACCCUCCUCCAGAGAACCAGAGCUCUAAAGCACCCGAGCCGCUUUUCAUGUGGACUCACACAGGCUGGGAAGAUUGUGAUGCCACGUGUGGAGGAGGAGAAAGGAAGACAACAGUGUCUUGCACAAAAAUCAUGAACAAAAAUAUCAGCAUCGUGGACAACAAGAAAUGCAAAUACUUAACCAAGCCAGAGCCACAGAUUCGCAAGUGCAACGAGCAGCCAUGCCAAACUAGAUGGAUGAUGACAGAAUGGACCCCAUGUUCACGAACUUGUGGAAAAGGGAUGCAGAGCAGACAAGUGGCGUGCACCCAGCAGCUGAGCAAUGGAACCCUGACCAGGGCCCGGGAGAGGGACUGCGCUGGGCCCAAGCCGGCCUCUGCCCAGCGCUGCGAGGGCCAGGACUGCAUGACCGUGUGGGAGGCGGGAGUGUGGUCCGAGUGCUCGGUCAAGUGCGGCAAGGGCGUGCGGCAGCGGACCGUGCGGUGCACCAACCCCAGGAAGAAGUGCGUCCCGUCCACCCGGCCCCGCGACGCCGAGGACUGCGAGGACUACUCCAAGUGCUACCUGUGGCGGAUGGGCGACUGGUCCAAGUGCUCAAUUACCUGUGGCAAAGGAAUGCAGUCCCGGGUUAUCCAGUGCAUGCAUAAGAUCACAGGGAGACAUGGAAAUGAAUGUUUUUCUUCAGAAAAGCCUGCAGCGUACAGACCGUGCCACCUUCAGCCUUGCAACGAGAAGAUUAAUGUAAAUACCAUAACAUCACCCAGGCUGGCUGCUCUGACUUUCAAGUGCCUGGGGGAUCAGUGGCCCGUGUACUGCCGAGUGAUACGCGAGAAGAACCUGUGCCAGGACAUGCGGUGGUAUCAGCGCUGCUGUGAGACGUGCAGGGACUUCUAUGCCCAAAAGCUGCAGCAAAAGAGUUGACCUCCAGCAGGCUGGCUGGCUCACAGCUCUUUGCAAUUACAUUAUUUAUAAACACACACACUAGCAUGUUUUUCAGACCAAAUAUUAUCAGAUUACAUAUAAUUUAAUCAAAUUAAUUUAUUUGGGGGCCUACCAAACAUCCAAUAUGGUGUUUGUUUUGGUAAUACAAACAUUGUGAUUUAUACUAUAGGGCUUCAUAAGUAAUUUUAUAUGAAUAAGUUGGAUCCAGUUACCAGAAUGAAAAGGAAAGGAAAAAAAGAAAAAAAAAAAAACCAACCCUAAGAUUAUUAGGCUUAAAAAAAUUUUUUUUAAGUUAGAGCUGUCUCUAAGGUGCUACUCUCUCCCCAACAAUACCAUUGAGUUAUGCAGAAUGUAUACUAAUUUAGCGUAAUAGUUUAGCUCUCCACAGGGAGAAAUCACUUGUGUUUUGGUAUCCCGAUGCAGAAUUCGCCCAGUUUCUGUUCUCUGAAGGAGGUGUGUACACAUAACAAAUCUCAUCGUGCUGAACAGGUUUUUAGAGAAUGUAUUAUGAAUUUGGUUCAGAUUUAGAGACAUCUAUAGGAAAAAUUCUACUGUAAUUAUAACCUUAUUUUAAUAAUGGAAAAGAAAAAGUCCAAAUAGAGACUUUGAUCAUGUUCAUGAACAUGUACUUGAACACAAGUAUUGUAACAAUGAAACACUGUAAUUAACGAUUUACACUGAAUCACCAUUGCACUGUCUAUAGAGUGUAGAGAAACCGUUAUGAAAAUGGUAACAUCCUACAAAAAUGUGUAUUAUUUUAACAUGUUGUCAUUAGAUUUUAGCUUUUUUAAAUAUUUUGAACCAAGAAAGCAUUGAUCCAUCCAUUUCCUUGUAUCUUUUUAGCAGAUUUUAAAAGAAUAUAGUACGUAGCCUCACAAAUCAUGAUGAGAAAAUUUACUAAAUAGUUUUCAGCCUUUUCCCUAGAAACAAGGAAAAACAAAAAGCUGAUGAUACUGUGGUAGUUUCAUUGUGUUUUUUCUUUUUUAAAAUUAAAACGUUUUACAAUUCUGUGAAACGUUAAAAAAAAAAGCCAGCUUAAAUUUUUUCAUGUGAGAAAAUAUUGUACAUGAUUCACAUGAUUUCUUAGAUUUUUUUUCAAUAAAAUAUGUGAAAUUUC